CUAGAUGGUCUCCUCCACAACCUCUUGCCUACGGUCAUGACUGGAAGUGUUCCCGUCAGCAAAAGAUCUGGAUGAAGACAGAGCUGGAAUCCAUGGGUCUAUGGCCAGGCUCAUCGCCUUUGAGUAACCCCUUGAAGACAGUGUCAUUGUGGCGUUUACCUCCUCAGCCAGAACUGAUUGACACCAUCUCAGAUCUACCAUCCCCCAAAUAUUUCCAGCUUCAUCCAUUUUUCAUUUGGAAGCCUGAAAAUGACACCUUGAUGGCUAGACUGAGGAAUACCUACGCUUUGCCAUGCAUUGAAGGGUGUAGGCAGACUCAGGUUACAUCUGCUGGAGUCGUUAGGCCUCGUGUGAUUGUGGGCAUCACAGGUCAGUACUACCUGUUCUCAUCACGGUUGUGCUGCAAAGUCUGCAAAAAACGAUGGUAUGCAGACAACCCACAGUGGCUGGAAAUGCUCCCCAAAAGAUUUACUAACGUCUUGCCGGCGGUUCUUACUUAUAAGAAAGGCAUCUGUAAAUCUCCAUUGGAUGAGCUACGGCGUACAGGUAAAUCGCCCACGGACAUGGCCAACCAGGUGAUGGAAAUGAUGCACCUCAAAUAUGAGCGUGCAAACUUGGCAUACCUCCUCACUUGCCAGAGUGUCCUGGACUCUGAGGCAGGAAAGUACGGUCAGAAGAUCAUCACUGGAUUCAUUAGAAAGGAGACUGAGCCUGCUCCCUUUGGUGAAUACGGUGAUGCAGAUGGAUGGAACGGAGCAAUUAGAAAGCUUCUACAGGGAACCUUUGGGCGGGCGUUAAGCUCAGACCACACCCGGAAGGUGGCCAGAAAAGUAACAUUCACAUCUGUCACUAUGUCAUCGUAUGCCAUCAUGAACGAACACUGGAUGGUAAUAUCAUGGGUGAUGGUUCAGUCUGAGACGGAAAAGUCUUUGGAAACCACGUACCAGGGGCUGGCGUAUUGGUACACGAUGGCUGGAGUGGAGAAGGCACAGUACCAGUGGGUAAACAGGGAUUGCUGUGCAGCAUUUAGAGUGCCAGACCCCGAAGAAAUGGAACAUCUGCACUGGGAUGCUUGGCAGACAGUGGAUGGCGUUAUUGUUGAGGCAACAUCUGGUGAUGUACAAAACACAUGUGUGUCAAGGUCCCACUUCAAUAAGGAUAUAACAAUCAAGCUUGACAUUUUCCAUUGCAUGAGACGCUUCCUUCGUGAGUGUGCGUCAGAGCAUCACGCGUUGUACAGCUCCUUCGCGCAGUUUUUGUCUGCCGCUUUCUGCGUGGUAGAUCAGGAGGACCUGCAGAAGCUCAAGAAUGCCUAUGCAUUUUGUGGGAUUCAGCCUGCCAACCCCACCAAGCAACACAUUCGGGAACACUGUAGAACAAAGAUCCCCCAGCCUCAAGAACUUAUCAAGAGGGUUGAAGGUGUUAUGAAGCUCUUCCACUCGGCAGCCGAUCCAAACGGUGUUCCCCUGUACAAAUCCUCUAUGCUGAAGACAUGGCACAUCCAAUGCGUUCACAUCCUGCGAGGCUGUAUUAGUGAUCCUGAGGUGGCUGAUGAGAUCCUGUUCAGGCAUGGUGGAACAAUUCAGCUCAAUCACGUCCAGGGAGAGGGUGCUAAAGUUGAUGUUUGGAUUCCAAUAAGAGGAACGUCUCAGCAAGAGGGCUACCACUUUCACCAGGCUCAGUGGGUCACUGGCACACGUGUUUCCUCUGAACUGUUUCAAGCCCAGGGAAUGACCGCAGUGGCGCGCUGGAACUUUCAGCGCCUGUUGGAUCUGAAAAUACCAGGCGUUUGGCUUCCGGGAGUGUUUGAUCCGUCACUGAUCGCCGACCUCAAUUCUGCUUCAGCGAGGGUAUCAGGAAUGCCAAAGUAUCCAGCCCUUCAGGUGUGCGCCAAAGAUACUGGGGAGAGGUUUGGGCUGGAGUAUGUGGAACCUGGAUGUCGCCCUGUUGUGCUGGACUGGGAAAAGCACAAGAGCAAGUCCACUCAAGCUUUCAGUCCAGCUGAGCAAGGACGCACGCCCACUGCGCAGUCUUCAGACCAUCCUGGUGAUCAUGAUGUGACUCCAAGUCCUCAGCUAGAGUCAGGUAGACAUUUUAAAUUAGAAUAAACUUACAAGACAUUGUUGUAUGUAGAUAAAAUGGUCAACAUUGAAAUGGUGUUGCAAAAGAAUAUAGUAUGUACAGUGUGCAUAUGUAAGAUAAAUAUAUAAAUAUAUUGUAGAAGUGUAUAUAAGGCAAAAUAUAAUGUCCAGUUUAACAGGGAGUAAAGUGACAGUGCAGUGUGCACACAAAGAUGUACAGAAAAGAUGUACAGUGAGAGUGUUAUUGUGUGUACAGAGUAGUGCAGAGUACAAAGUAGUGCAAUAUUUGCAUGUGCAACAAUCAGCUGAGGUAGAAUGUUAUGUUAUGUUGUGUGGGGGUAAGACCAGAGAGUCCAGAUCCUAGGUGUACUGGUUGAGGGCCCGAAUGGCCUGCGGGAAAAAGCUCCUCUUCGUUCUCUCUGUGUUCACCUUCAAGGAACGGAAACGUUUCCCUGACCUCAACAGAGAGAAGAGUCCAUUGUUGGGAUGGCUGAGGUCCUUCAUAAUCUUCUUGGCUUUGGUCCAGCACCGCUUGCUGUAUAUGGUGUCCAGGUCAGGCAGCUCGGUGUGGAUGGUACGCUCGGCUGAUCGCACCACCCUCUGGAGAGCUUGCCUGUCCUGUUUGGUGCUGUUCCCAAACCAGGCAGUGAUACGUCCCGUCAGGAUGCUCUCAAUGGUGCAGGUGUAGAAUGUCUUUAGCACCUUUGAGGGCAGUUUAAAGGCCUUCAGGCAUCUGAGAUGAUAAAGACGCUGCCGGGCCUUCUUCACCAGGGUGUUAACGUGACAGGACCAUGUCAGGUCCUGCGUGAUGUAGACACCUAGGUACCGGAAACUGUCCACUCUCUCCACUGGGGUCCCGUUGAUGGUGAGGGGCUGGUAAUUCCUCUCCUGCUUUGUGCUAAAGUCCACUAUCAACUCCUUAGUCUUGCUGAUGUUCAGGAGGAGAUUGUUGACCUGGCACCAUGUCUCCAGGUUUUUAAUCUCCUCUAGGUAGGCCGUCUUGUCGUUAUUGGAGAUCAGGCCCACCACAGUAUCGUUCGCAAACUUCACGAUGUUGGUGGAGCUGGAAGUGGCCACACAGUCAAAGGUGUACAGAGAGUACAGCAGGGGGCUCAGAACACAACCCCGGGGGGCUCCAGUGCUGAGGGUGAGUGAGGGUGAGACAUGGUUGCCCACCCGUACUGCCUGAGGUCUGUCUCACAGGAAGUUGGAGAUCCACCGACACAGGGAUGGGCUAAGGCCCAGGAUCUCCAGCUUAGUGGUGAGUAUGGAGGGAAUUAUGGUGUUAAACGCUGAACUGUAGUCAACAAACAGCAUUUUGACAUAAUUCCCCCUUCUGCUGUCCAGAUGGCUCAGGGCUGCGUGAUGGAGGUGUGCGAUGGCGUCCUCAGUAGAUCAGUUGGGACGGUACGCGAACUGUAGCGGGUCCAAGGUGUCAGGUAGGGAAGAAGUGAUGAAGUCUCUGAUGAGUCUUUCGAAGCACUUCAUCACCACUGAGGUCAGGGCCACUGGACGGUAGUCGUUCAGGCAGGCGGGCUGGGGGUUCUUGGGGACAGGAACAAUGGUGGACCGUUUGAAGCACGUCGGGAUUGUAGACUGUUCCAGGGAGAGGUUGAAAAUCUCAGUGAACACACGAGCAAGCUGGUCAGCACAGGCCUUCAGGACCCGACCCGUGAUGCCAUCUGGCCCUGCUGCCUUCCUGGUGUUCACUCUCCUGAAUGCCUUCCUCACGCCGUGCUCCGAGAUGAUG